UUGAAAGGUUGAUGAACUUUAGGCAAAGGGACUGUUUCUUUGACUUGAAAAUAAGAUUUGUUAAAGAUGCCGCUGCAUAGCUUGAUUGUUGCAAGUAUUUGGUUUUUCAAAUUUAUAGUGUUAUAUUACAAUCACGUGCACUGUUAAUAAAUGAAUUUUGUGCUUUUUAUGUUCUAAUGAUGCGAAUGAAAACAGAUUUGAGACGUGAGAAGCAAAUAGUCGUUAAAGCCAUGAACUUGCAAAGCUUAGUAGAUAAUAUUAUAAAACUGUCAAUCUAAUUCUAAAGUGUAUUGAUCCAAACACAAGUUCCCACACCACUCUUGAAAGUGCAAUUUUUUGGGGGCAGUUAAUGGAAAAUAAUAUACAUCUUUUCAGAAAAAUAUAACUUGCAAACUGUGGAGACGUUUGACAUAAUACGUUACUAAUUUCGAGGCAGAAAGUGUCAAUCACAUGGAACUUGCAAAAAGCUCUCGUUACAAUUAAUUAAUUAAUUACUUGUAUAAAUACAAAUAUACAUAAUUAUAUUGCUUUAGCCGUAAUUUAAGAUCACUUGCUCUCCAUUGCAAUUUUCACCAUCUUAAUCCAAUACUGACACACUACCUUUCCGCCACAAAGUCUGGUAGCUUCUGAAUUAAAUGGCACAGACAUGUACUACUUUACUCCUGGAAUCUCCACGAAAUAGCUCCUCUAAUAUCCUAUCAACACAAAUACCCAAAUCAUAUCAUCCAAGGUUUUUGUUUCUUUGCAUUAUUUGACUCAACACACAUAGCUCUAGUAUCACAACUUCAUCUUCUGUAGAUCCAUCAAACACUUAAACGACGUCGUUUCUCGUCACCACUUUCUUCUUCUUCUUCUUCUUCUUCUUGUCUUAAUAAACCAACGGACCACCAUGAGCAAAACACCACAAGAAUCCUUGAGAACACCAAAUAAGCAACUCAAACAUCUCCAUCGUAAUACUAAUAACAACAUCUCGUCAUCAUUAUCUCUCUACUCUCCCAAAUUUUCUAUUUACCUUUUAGCCACCUGCAUAGUCCUCUUCAUCCUCUUCCGCAUCAACUCCCUCGAACUCCCUCCGAAGCCCGCCACAUGGUCCUUCACCGAACAAUGGCAGAAAAUCAUAUUCAACAACGCCACCGCCACCGCCACCGCCACCACCAUCUCCGCCACAGUCGAACAAAAAUGUUCCACUGCCACCGCUGCCCCGGUUGGAACACUCGAAAACUGCUCCUGCUCGGCGGAUAAGCUUAACGCGGCCGAGAAGCUCCGCCGAGCAGUGACAUUCCUCCCGCUGAAGGAUCUCCGGUACUCUAACACAGCCCUCCAGGGCCACACGUGGUUCAUGAGCUCCAUGUACGAUGAUCACGAGGAAGGCGAGGUACAGUACCAGCAAUUCCCUUCGGUUUCGUCUCACGGUAGACUUCUCUGCCUUAAAGGCCGCGACGGCCACGACGGUUCUUGGAACUACUACGCCUUGGCGUGGCCGGACACGUUGCCACACAACGCCACACUCAUGAAGGGCCUCACAUUCGUGUCUUACAACCACUACAACUACGAAAACAUCUGGCACGGCUUGUCCGCCGCGGUCCCGUUCGUCGCUUGGCACAUCAAGAACCACUGCGCAUCGGUGCCUGACAGGUGGGUGUUGUACCAUUGGGGUGAGCUGAGGUUGACGAUGGGUCUUUGGCUGAGGACUUUGAUGGAGGCUACGUUUGAUGGGCCACCUAUGAUUGAAGGGUUUAACGACGGCGUUGAAGAUGAGACGGCGCCGUUUUGCUUUGAGCAAGCUGUGGUGAUGAGACAUAAUGAGGGUGGGAUGCGUAGGGAGAAGAGGAUGGAGGUUUAUGAUCUGAUGAGGUGUAAGGCUAGGGUUUAUUGUAAUGUCUCGACGGUUAGAGUCGCCGGCGACGGAAAGGUGCCGGAGAUUGGUUUGACGUUGUUCAUGAGGGUAGGGGCACGGUCGUUCAAGAAUGAUUCGGCGGUGAUCGGAAUCUUUGGAAGGGAGUGUGCCAAGGUGGACGGUUGCCGGUUAACGGUGGCUCAUUCCAAUAACCUCACAUUCUGUGAACAGGUGAAGUUGAUGAGCUCAACAGACAUAUUGGUAUCCCCACAUGGAGCUCAACUCACCAACAUGUUCCUUUUGGACCGAAACAGCAGUGUUAUGGAGUUCUUUCCCAAAGGCUGGCUCAAGCUAGCUGGUGUAGGCCAAUACGUCUACCAAUGGAUUGCGAGCUGGUCCGGCAUGCGCCACGAGGGAGCCUGGCGGGACCCCGACGGAGACGCCUGUCCCUACCCGGAGGACGAUCGCCGUUGCAUGUCCAUCUUCAAGGGCGGCCGAGUCGGAUACAACGAGACCUAUUUCUCUGAGUGGGCAAGAAAGGUUCUCACUCAGGUCAAGAUGAGGAAGAUUCAAGUUAAGAAGGCAUCAAAUAUAGGGUCUGUGGACUCUAGUUCUAGUGGCUGUUCUUGUACAUGAAUUUUGUAAUAUUUUUCAUGAUCAUUUUCAGGUUAUGAAGCAUUUUGUUAUAGAGCAGUUAUAUAUACACUUUUAAACUAUGAAAAUGUAAUUCACAUUAUGUUUGAUAGUCUUUAUGAUCAUUUUUAGGUUA